AUGUUUGGAAAAAAGAAACGGAAGCCGAAAAUAUCGAAGCCUCUUGAUUUUGAGCACAUGGUGCAUACAGAUUUUGAUGCUACAAACAAACUUUUUGUUGGUGAGAGUCUGCCUCUUCAGUGGUCAGGCAUUGUGGACGAUGACGACUCGUCGAGAGCCAGGUACAACAACAUCAACAACUUCGAUAACAGAAACAACAAUUUGUUUUCGGCUCCUAUGAAGGUGGCAGACCUGAAAGUUAACAGCCUCAAAUCAUCAUCUCAACAAUCGCAAUCAUCCCAACAUUUCAUGCAGCUUUCUAGUCAACAACAACAGAACCAACAACGGCAACACUUUCUUUCCAACGAUCUCAGCAAAAACAGAAUCAACGUCAACCUACCCAUCACCAACAAACACAUCUACAACAGGAGCAUGAACGAUGUGAACGAACGCUUGAAUCAAAACGGAUCUCCCUACAACGAACCAGCCAAACAGAGCCACAAACAUUCAAACGACCAUACUUCCAAUAAUUCGCACAGCUCAAACUUUAAUCACUUCGUCGUGAAUGGUCAUGCACCCAGCAACAACAACAACAACCAGCAUCAUCCUCAUUACUACACUGACGACAGUUACCAGACGAACAAUAAAAGCAGCAGCAACAACACAACGUGGUCCAAAUCCUUACCAAGAAAAACAAGUGGAAUCAUAUCCGUCCAUCAGAUCUCUUCCCAUCCGUCCAAUCCCUCCUCACAUCUCUUCUACAACAACAGUUCAAUAUUUUUUUCUGUUAUUAUUCAUCUGUUUUAUUAUCAGUUAUAA